AUGUUAUAUAAGCUAAGGGCCGGCCAGGCGCCGCACGCGUCGCUCGUGAAAGAAGGCGACGUGAAGGACGCCUUGGUCCGCAAACACGCCCUCCUCAUUAAGCAGUCGGUGUUCGAGCAGGUCAAGCUGCAGAAGGUCAAGGGGAACAAGCAGACGAAGAGGGUGGCGAGGCACGAUGCGAUGGUGAAGAAGACCGUGGUCGACUACCUCGAAGAGGUAGUCGCGGCGUUCGGUGACUCGGGCACUCGCCAGUUUGGGCUCGGCGUCUGCUGCGUCCGGCCGAUCCCCAUUGGCUCCCCGCCUCUGCUGUUCUGCUGCCAGUGUGCGUCGACUGAGCGGCGCGAGGGCGGCUGCUUCACGGCCAAGCCCGAUCCCGUGAACAAGGGUGGUGCGUAUGAUGACGUGCCAGGUGCGUGGGAGCACCACCUCGUGACGCCUGUCCACAACAUGAGCCAGCUGACCACGGACCUGUUGGGCUUUGCGUACGGGCCGAAUGACGACAAUCCUGGCUGGGAGCCGUGCCCGUACGGCGCCCUCGCCCUCCAAGCCGGCGCUGGGGCUCCCGUGUUCAAGAUGUAUCGCCCACCAAAGGCCUCCCAGGUCCUUGUCGACGCUCACUACGUUCUGCGCGAGUACUUUGAGUUUCUUGUGCGCAACGAUGAGAACGACGUGGCGUUCCUCGUCCUGGACGAGCUCGAGCGCCUUGAAGGCCAGGAGUGGGAUGAGUCGUGUGGCGAGCCAUGCCUCCCUCCGAGCGCUGUGGUCUUGCUGGAGCAGGGCGUCGUGUUUGGGUGCUUCGACCCGAUGCGCACGGACGUUGAAGCGUUGCGCAUGCUGGCUUUCCGCUCCGCGCCCGGCGUUCUCCUUUACUCGUCCGCACCUCUCGUUUCCCCCCGGGCGCGGCGCUGCCACCCGUCGCACGAGGAGAUGCGCGCGGCCGUGUGCCGGGCGCUGGAGGCUGUUGACCCUGAUGAGUGGUCGGAGGGUGCUGUCGCCGCCGCCGAGGUGCUGCGGUCGUCGCCAUCUGUCUCAUUUGCCGCAUUUGCCGCUGCUGCGGCGUCGACGCUGGUCACUGUGGCCGGCCUCGGCGACGCGCACGAGGCCAUCGUCUCUGCUCUGGAGGAUGACGAGCGCCUUGCUCGCCUCGUCCUCAACGCUGCUGCCGACACGUGCGCAUCCGAGGCAAAGGCCAUGUCACGGUCACUCGGUGCAGUUGUCCCUUUCGUGCCUCCUAUGGCAGAGCUCGAGCACGACGCCCUCCUGGUCAACAUCGUGCCUGUGACUUGCGAUGCUGCGCCCGAGUGGGCGGACCGGUACGACACGUUUGUUCCUGAUUUUUACCACGUCAUGCGCCCUGUCCAGCGGCGCGCCGGAGCUGCCCUCCAGGUUCUCUACGUCGACAACCACCGUCUCGCCGUGGGGGAAACGCUUCUGCUCCGAACUGCCAUCGAUGCUGACGAGAGGACACAGUACCUCGACGCCCUCGCGUCGAUCCCUCUCUUCCGCUGGACGCGGUCUCAUUCUGCCGUCGGCGUCCGGCCGGGCAACGAUCUCGGCGACCAGUUCUUCGUCCUUUUCUCUGACUCGGCGGCGCUUCUCGACAUCGCGACGUCCGCUGCCCGCCGCAAGUUCUCGUCCGCGCUUGCUCCCACUUUGGCCCGCGAGUACACAAUGAUGGGCCGCACGGGCGCGCUCGACGAUGCAGAGAGCGGCAAGUCGGACAAGGACGAGUCGAUGUCGCCUAUUUUCUGGUGGGCUGGCUCUCUCUUUGUCGGGUUCGUUGCGCUCCUGGCUGCGACCGGCCUGAUCAUGGCCGUCCUCAACUAUCUCGCGAUCAGCGAGUCUCGCACUGCCACCGGCAACAUGAUCAACUCGCUGGCGGACGCCAGCGCUGCCAACUCGCGUGCCCUGAUGGCAGCACGCGCUGCGUCCUCGGACGACAUGCUCCACCACCGCAUGCUUGCAUGCGACGGGGCACUCCGUGGCGAGCCUGCUGCACUCCGUGUGGCGGCCAUGUACGUGUACGGCGAAGCUGAUCCUGCGUCCCAUGGGGCGGGAGGUGUGCCUGCCGGCAUUGACGGCGACUACGUCUCGUUCGUGACGACCAACGCCAACUACUCGCGUUUCCUCGGCCAUAGCACGGCUAUUUACCCGUGCCACGUCAAGGUGCCGUACGACGAAGACGAGGACGAGAACAGUGCCGAUGCAGUGGCGAAUGCGGCCAGGAUCUCCACUGAUUCUGCCUGUGCGUUGAGCAUGGACCUGCUUGCUGGUCUCGCAGGUGGCGGCCCGCUCGCGGCAAGUGCUGUGGCUGCCCCAGCAAAUGCAUCGCGCCACAUGGCUGGGCAGACUCCGGACCGCCUGGCAGAGGCCCCGCUGAAUGUAACCAAAACGCAGCCGAUGGCUCCCUGGGGCGUUGGCAUUGCCGCGGCAGUGUUUGUCUCGCCUCAUGCUCUCGGCGACCUUUUCAGCUGCAGUCCGGUGCAGUGGCUGAACCAGGCGUCCGUUGCUCGGCUGGUCUUGGCCCAGAUCGGCUCACUCUUCCGGGCCAUCGCGCUGGGCUCAUCGCAUGUCGCCGAGGUGGAGAUCGCAGACACUGUCGAGUACCAUCCGCUCUUUGGCGAUGUGCUUGCGCGUGUUCUCGCCCCUGCGCUCAGGCUCACAGAGUCGUUCGUCACGCUCGUUCUCGACGCCGCGCUCAGGCUCGUGCCUCCCAUCGUCGACCUUCUGCUGAGAGCCACCAAGAACCACCGUGCCUCACUUGAGACAAUUGCCGCCAUCGACGUCGCCACUGCUGCCUCGAUUUGCUGGGAGCCUGUCCGCGGCACCGCCGCCAGGCUCGUCAACGGGGACCGCCCCACCGCCAUGGACAUCUUCGACGCCCCCAUCGUUGGACCCACCAUCGUUGGCGCUCUCAUUAACUACUUUACCGCCGACAGCAAGGUGCCACGCGCGCACACUGUACUCGAGAAGUCGCAUGUCACGUGCCUCUACAGGUUCCUGCUCGCCAUGCGAAACGCCGACGGCGGCAAGCCCUUUGGCAAGGACCUUCUCGCCCACAUCGCAACGACCAUUGGGUGCAAUGCAAACGCGGUCGGCUGGGAAUUUGUCGUCACCCUGAUCCUCUACGUCGCCUUGGCAGACGAUGCCGUGGAGGAGGAGAGUCUGAUCAACACCCUGGUCACCGAGUUUAUCCCAUCGCUCUCUGAUGAUCUUAUCAGGAGCGCGCUCACUGUGGCGCUGCCCAAGUCACGCCCCCCGUUGCCGCCGGCACGCGAGCUGGAGACGUUGGCCUCGCGUCUAGCUCCCGUUCACACCUGGUUAACGACAGGGUGA